AUGAAUGAAAAUAAUAGCGAUGAGGAUUUACAAGAAAUUUUACCUAAAAAGCAGCUUCAGCAACAAAAAAUGAAAAAAUGUAAAGAAGAAUAUAAUCAUGAAGAUUUACAAGAAACAACACUUAAUAAGCAACAGUAUCAGCUACAAAAAAAGAAAUAUAAAGAUGUUUAUAGUAAUGAAAAUUUACAAGAAAUUUCACUUAAAAGACAGCAGCAUUGGCAACAAAAAUUUAAUAAAUAUAAAGAAUAUAGUAAUGAAGACUUACAUGAAAUUUCAUUAAAAGAACAGCAACUUCAAAAAAAAUAUAUAAAGAUGACAAUUUACGAGAAAUUCAACUUAAGAAAUAACAACAAAAAAAGAAUAAACACCAAAAUGACGAAAUUGAUGAAAAUUUGCAAAAAAUUUUAUCAAAAAGGCAAAAACAGGAACAUGACGAUUCAUUAA